GCUUCCGGUGAGAACAUUGCAUCCAAAAGCCCUGGAAAAGCUUUUGCAAGAUGAAGAAACUCUGCAGAAAACUGAGAAUCGAUGCCAUUCCGAUUGUCUUCUCGAAGAAGAUAGUCCAAGAGCAGCGUUAUCUUUACAAGAAGGCGAGAAAAUGAGUGAACAAGCAUCUGAGUCGAUUUGCCAAACUGAAAAAGUGAGCAAAAGCAAGCGAAGAAAGUCAGUGAAUGACGAACGGAACAAAGGUGGAGAAACCGUAGCAAUCUCUCAAAACCGCGAAACAAUGAUCAAAACGCGACGAUUGAAAAAUAAUGCGACGGGUUCAUCUGAUUACUGCAGUGCAUUCGAUCAUUUCCCGGACAGAGGAAAGCUCAUCAAGGAUGAGAACCUGGGGAAGAUACCCGGAAACUUGAGCCCCAUGGGAUCCCUUUCCAGU